AUGGAUAUGGCUUUUACGCACGUAUGUUUCUGGACGCUACUCACGUUCAUGUUGACAUGGACGGUGUUCUACGUCACAAACAGGAGCAAGAAGGCGACGAAGUCUGAAGAUGCGGCGCCUGAGGAGCGAAAAGACGGUGCUACCGACGUCCUUAUCGUCGGGGCUGGUGUGGGCGGCUCGGCUCUCGCAUAUGCUCUUGCUAAGGACGGGCGUCGAGUACAUGUGAUAGAGAGGGACAUGAAAGAACCAGAGAGAAUGAUGGGUGAGUUUAUGCAGCCUGGAGGACGACUCAUGCUUUUUAAGCUUGGGCUUCAAGCAAAUGCAGCCGCGUAUCGCAAAAGAUAUAUGGCCGCAGCAACUGCUCUCUAAACAUUGAGGCAUAUAUUGAGCACCAAUCUUAGUGAUUGUGCAUUUGUCAAAAUUGUAAUGCAGUUUAAUAAGAACAUUGAACACCAAUCUUAGUGAUUGUGCAUUUGUCAAAACUGUAAUGCAG